GAGAUGGAGGCGGAGGCGGCGGAAGCGGAUCGCACUCUCUUUGUGGGCAACCUUGAAACGAAAGUGCCCGAGGAGCUCCUUUUCGAGCUUUUCCACCAGGCUGGGCCAGUAAUAAAGGUGAAAAUUCCAAAAGAUAAGGAUGGUAAACCAAAGCAGUUUGCGUUUGUGAAUUUCAAACAUGAAGUAUCUGUUCCUUAUGCAAUGAAUCUACUUAAUGGAAUCAAACCUGAUGGAAGGCCUAUCAAAAUUCAAUUUAGAUCAGGAAGUAGUCAUGCCUCGCAAGACGUCAGUUUGUCAUAUCCCCAACAUCAUGUUGGAAAUUCAAGCCCUACCUCCACAUCUCCUAGCAGCAGGUACGAAAGGACUAUGGAUAACAUGACUUCAUCAGCACAGAUAAUUCAGAGAUCUUUCUCUUCUCCAGAAAAUUUUCAGAGACAAGCAGUGAUGAACAGUGCUUUCAGACAAAUGUCAUAUGGUGGAAAAUUUGGUUCUUCACCUCUGGAUCAAUCAGGAUUUUCACCAUUAGUUCAAUCACACAGUCAUAGUUUUAACCAGUCUUCAAGCUCCCAGUGGCGCCAAGGUACACCAUCAUCACAGCGUAAAGUCAGAAUGAAUUCUCAUCCCUACCUAGCAGAUAGACAUUAUAGCCGGGAACAGCGUUACACUGAUCAUGGGUCUGACCAUCAUUACAGAGGAAAGAGAGAUGAUUUCUUCUAUGAAGAUAGGAAUCAUGAUGGCUGGAGCCAUGACUAUGAUAACAGAAGAGAGAGUAGUAGAGAUGGAAAAUGGCGCUCAUCUCGACACUAACACGUGUUCAAAGGACAUUGUGUUUAUAGGGUCAUUUUAGGCCCUUUGACUAAGUUGAUAUGGAAAUAUUUUGUUGAAAAACUGUACAGAGCAGCUUUACAAGUUGUCACAUUUCUUUAUACAUUUUUUUAAAGCUACAGUUUAAUACAAAAUGAAUUGUGGUUUUAUUACAUUAAUAACCUUUCACCUCAGGGUUUUACGAAGAGGAAAGGGUUUUAUGCAAAAGAAAGUGCUACAAUUCCUAAUCAUUUUAGACACUUUAGGAGGAGGUGAAGUUGUAUGAUAAAGCAGAUAUUUUAAUUAUUUGUUAUCUUUUUGUAUUGCAAGAAAUUUCUUGCUAGUGAAUCAAGAAAACAUCCAGGUUGACAGUCUAAAAUGGCUACUGGUAUUUUAGUUAAUUCAAAAAUGAAACUUUUCAGUGAUUCACUUUACUAACAUUGUAUUUGAGAAGGCUUAUUGGUAAAGUUUGGGGAUAAAGGCAUUGCUUAACUUCUUAUAUAAUUUACGUAUAAAUUCUGUGACAUGCUCUUGAGCUUUACCCUAGUUGAACAUACAUGUGUAGAUCUACACAUACUGUUUCAUUCUAAAAUUUAGUAAUUGUUCAUUAAAUCACAUUUGAGGUAUAAGUCACUCAGGAAGUUAAAAUAUCUCUACACAUAUAUUUUUACAUUAAAAAUACAGUGUUAGCAUAUAUUCCCUUUUCAGGAAGAACAAAAAUGUCAGUGCAUAGUUAGAUAAAAUGGUAAAAUGUUUUACUGAAAGCAUACUUUUUUGGAAAAAAAGAUUCAUGAAGGCUUUAAGUGCUGCUUCUGUCAAACGUUAAAAACUUUAACAUUUUCAAAGUGCCCAGAAUGUGUACAAAGACACAUGUAAUGGAGACUGUACAGGUUGUUUUUUUGUUUGAACCUUUGAAAGAAUUUAAUCUUAACGUUUUCUAAUUUUAAAAUGUUAAAAUCUUGUUUAAAAAAAACUUGUAAUGUAUUAAGAUACUGUUUUCAUUUCAUUACAGGAUUGUUUAUAAAAAUUCAUUUGUUGAAAAAUAAGGAUCCUUUUUAAUACCACAGCAUUUGUACUGUUCCUUUUUAAUAUACUGAAAAUAUAAAAAAAAG